UUGUUUCGGAUCAACGAGCGCGUUUCACGCCGAUCACCACCAUAUAUCUUGUGUAGACCCAUCAAACUAAAGCUUUACUUUAUUUAAUUCUGUGUCAAGCCGAGGAUUAAAUCAAAUUAAUACAAAACGUAUCCCAGAAAAGGAACAAAAGUACAUAAUCUACAAACUAUCUAAAAUGGAGUUUGUGGGUAUGAAAUCCAUCGAAAAGAAACCUUCCUUCAGGGAGGACAAGUGCACUGACUGGGUGGCAACAGAGAAGGUCCAUGGUUCGAGUUACCAGUUCUACACCUGCGACGGAAACAGAGUCAUCUGCGGCAGCCGACGAAACCAGCUCAACGACGAAGGCUCAUUUCUCAAGUGCAAUACAGCUGAGUUCAAGAAAAGGUAUGUCGAAUGCGUUAAGAAAGUAUUCCAAAUCAUCAGCUCAGACGAACGUUGGGCAGAAUACAGGGAAUGGGGAAAGAAAGAAGACAAUGAUGACGACAAUGCAGAGGAAAACGACGAAGAAGAAGAAGCUGGUGACGAAGAGAAAGGCGACGAAGAAAAUUCUGAAACAGCAGAUAACCCCACAAAAUCUGACUGUGAAAGCAGUGAACUCAAGAACAAAUCAAAUAAUAUCGAGCUGAGAAUAUACGGCGAGCUGUACGGAGGGGGUGGUGUCAAAUCAAAACUCAUGUCUGUAGCUAUUCAAAAAGAAAUCAUUUAUUCUGAUGAGUACCGCUUCUACGUUUUUGGAAUCAACGUCAACCGAAAAUGGCUUUCUGUUCUCCAAUUGGGCGAUCUGUGCAGGGAAGUAGGAUUUCCAUACUUCGCUGUUCCAGUUACUGAGCCCAAAGCUACUCUGGAGGAGCUGAAAGACUGGCUUAAAGACACUGGAUUCAUGAACAGCAGAUCCUCCCUCACAGAACGCACUGAUGAUUACAAGACGAAAAUCGAAGGUGUGGUGAUGACUCCGCUGACCAGACCCGACUUUGGCUUACACGCCGUCAAAUAUCUGUCAACCUCUUUCGUAGACGUUCAUGAAAGAAAGGAUAAAGCGCCAAACUACUGCACCAAAGCAAGAUACAACAGUGUACUGAGCAAACUGGACAUCCCUGAACGACAGCAAACAGACAUGGUGAUAGAGAUGUUCAUCGCUGACAUUCUCAAAGAAAGCGGCGCGAAAGAAAGCUCCAACAACGAAACGAAGUCUUGGACUAAAUCUGUAAGAAUGUGGCUAAUGCAAGAUGGUUACCUCGAGCCAACAAACGAGUUCGAAGUUGCCAUGGUGGAGAAGGUGAGACAAGGGAAGCCAUCAAGAAAAGAUACGGAACUUGCCAGUUUGAAGAUGAGCGAGUCGAAGGCACAAGAGAAAGUGGUAGACGAUGAAGAAGAUGACGAUGACUUGAUGGACGGAGCUAUGGGGCUUUUUGGAGGGGAUUAGGAAAUGCAGUCUCCUUAGAAA